AUGUGUACACGCGUGAAAUGCUUCCCAAAUUUCUACGCCUUCGUAGUCGACCGGGAUCAACUUUCUCGUCGCCGUCGCCGCAGCACAAGCCACCGUACUUUUCUUUUUCACGAAAUCUUCAUCAUGGGCGGCAAGCGCCGCAACUCCAGUCAAGGAAACAUCCGAAAGCGCCCCCGCACAGCCCGCAAGCAAACCCUCGUCCGUGUCGCAGAGCACAAACAAGCCACCGCCGAGAAGCUCCACCGCCGCCUCGAGCAUGCAGAGGCGCGCAAUCUGCACCGCACCCGCGCGGCAUUGGGAAUAAAGAGCAGAGAAGUCGUCGCACGCGGUGAGAAAAAGGUUGAUUUUGAAGAGGACGACGAGGAAGGCGGGUGGAGAGGGAGGUACUUGGAGAGAUGCGCGAGAGGAUACGUUGCCCUCGUCGACGACCUCGCCCAUCCGCUCUUUGCGGAAACGCGCUUGGAUAUGCAGGUGAAUGGCGUGCGGCCGGGCGCGUUGAAGCAGCACCAUGCGAAGCGUGCGGAGGAGGUGCGCCCUUCAACCUCCAGCUCACCGCCCGUCGACGAACGAGCCGUGGCGGAGGCCGAAAGCGCGCCGACCUUGUCGCUCGAGCAGGAGAACCUCGCCGCCGCCGCACGCGAAAACUCCCACUUUGGGCACGAGGCUCCACUACCUGAACUUAGCGCCGGCGAAAAGCUCACACCGAUCGGACUCUUCCCCCUCGUCGGUCGCGUGUCCGCCGUGGCGGCCCCCGCGCGCCGCGCCGCACUGCAGACGCUUCUCACGACGGGGCUUGCCGCCGUUUCCGAGCGCGCGUUGGGGAUGCAGCCCUCGGUCCAUGCGAAGUGGGACGCGGCUGGGAUGGGAGGAGCUCGUCUGCAGGAGUUUGAGCGCGCGUUUGUGGCCUCCAUACGAGAGUACAUGGAUGUGUUUUUGUGUCGACGACUUGACAAUCGGCAAGAGGACGUCGUACGGAAGCUCUAUGUCGCGCAUUGUGUGACGCAUGUUCUAAGGGCAAGGGCUAGGGUCUUCCGGAAUGACGCCGCCGUGAAGAAGGAGCCCGAGGCGAUCGAUCGUGCCAAGGAUCAGGGUUUUAGUCGCGCAAGGGUGCUCAUACUGCUGCCGAUGAAGAAUGUCGCGUAUGAGGUAGUGAAGACGAUUGUGGCGCUCGCGGUGGAACCGGGGCCGAAUGUGCAGAACCGCGAGCGAUUCGAAGCGGAGUUUGCACCGGAGGAUGAGGAGGAAGGAGAUAAUCUGGAUGUGGGGAGAGGAUUAGCGAAGAGAAGAAGGAAACCGGCUGAUCAUCGCCGACUCUUUAGGGGGAAUACCGAAGAUGACUUUAAGCUUGGUAUUUCCUUUUCCAAAAAGUCCAUCAAGCUGUACGCAGACUUCAAUGCUAGCGAUGUUAUCAUCGCGUCACCGUUGGGACUGAGGAGGGGCAUUGCUGAAAAGGCGAGCGGGAAGACGGCCCACGACCGGCUCUCGAAGAAGAAGGAAGAGAACGAAGAUGCGGAAUGGAAGACAGGGAUUGGGGCGGCGCGUCAGGAACCAAAGCAGGAUGACGCAGAUGAGGGUUUUCUCAGUUCUGUCGAGAUAUGCGUCGUCGAUGGAGCGGAUGUGCUUUCAAUGCAGAACUGGGACACCCUACGUAAAGCCGUCGACAUGGUCAACAAAAUGCCAUCGAAUACGAGGGAUACAGACUUUUCACGUGUGCGAGCGUGGUGUCUAGAUGGGCUGAUGCAGCAGUUUCGGCAAACCAUCAUGCUUUCGCGGUACCGCAAGUCAGAGUUUGUUUCGUUGAUGCGUGGCUGUUGCAACCACGCUGGAAGAGUGCAGCUAAUUGAACCUCCCGAAGUGCUUGGUUCUAUGGUCAACGUGAUCGUGAGCAUGCGCCAAACGUUUUUCAAGGUACCAAACGUUGAUUCGCCGGCUUUUCGGGCGGACAAACGGUUUUCGUUCUUCUGUGCCAACACUUUGCCCGUAGUGCGGUGUCUGCUGGAUGCGCAGGUUUUGCUCGUAAUACCAGAUUAUUUCGACUAUGUCCGCGUACGCAACAAGCUGGUCGAAAUCGCAGACGAGGACGAGAACUUUCGCUUUGCGAGCAUGUGCGAAUACUCCAAAGGGUCGGACAUAUCUCGAGCGCGCGGCAAGCUGCACGAUCGAAGCGCUGGGCUCGUGGUCAUGACGGAGCGAUUCCACUUUUUUUGGCGGCACUGGCUGCGCGGGGCGGACACCGUCGUGUGGUAUGGCCUCCCGGAAAAUGAGCACUACUACCCUGAGAUCCUCAACAUGACAGGGGAGGCAGCCGACAGCGGUAGGCAAGUGCAGACUUUUACCCUCUACGAUGAAUUUGAUAUGUUCAAGCUGGAGAGAGUUGUUGGAAGGAGGCGUUGUAAGAAAAUGAUGGCCAAAGACUCCAAGUCGACAUUUUUGUUUGUAUAAAGUUGCAUUUCUAGAAGAAAGGGUACGUCCGUGUAAAGGGACGAGAGCAAAGACGUGCCGUUUGACAAAGUCUCGGUUGACUUCGCAAUUAUGAAGGGCACUUUGCGUUUUCUGUGGAAGAUGGCACUUUUUUUUUCGCACGAGCGUGGUCGCGGUGAUGCGCAUGUUGAGAUUCUGUAACACACAGAUGCCACUGCUGAUCCUACAUCAUCCCUGUUCCUAGUGUGAGGGUCACAAUUUGCCGCAGAUGAGGUCAAAUGGGGUCGCGUGAGGCUACGUUUCACUUAAUCUUUCUGGACUUAUUCUUACUCGAUAAAAAGAAGGGCAAUUCAAGCCAGCAGACUUGAGUUCCACGCUACGCAA